UCUCUUUAACUUUCCCUCACUUCAUGGCUUCAUUUUUCCCUUGAUUGAUUGAGCAAGAGCAAUGAAGAGGACACCCAUGGUGGUGCCCUUUUUAGCUCUUCUUUCUCUAAUAUUCUUCUCCACUAAAAUCCAUCCAUAGCACACCUUCUUUGAUCCAAUAAUUCAACCAAACCAAUCACCAAACAAAAAAUUCCAAAGAUCCCACUUACCAAAACCCCUAUUUCAACCUUGUAUUUGAUCCAUUUCCAGGAAAGAUUCUUACUCAAGAUGGAUCUUGAUGAGUGGGAAUUCCUUCCCGAUCGAAGGUUCCUAGAUUUUCCUGAAGAUUCCGAUGAGAAAAAAAUCAUCUCAGGGAAGCGUAGUUACAGUUCUAAAACAUUUUUUGAUAUGAAUUACUUCUCACCAAACUCUCCAGGAUCAAGAUCAAAUUCCGGGAAAGUACCCAAACAGCUUGUUCCAAUUCCUUUUGACCUGGAACCAGGACUUGGAAAGUCUCCAGCUCCAGGUGAUGAAUUUUCUAAAGAAAUCAUCAUCAAAACUCCUGUAGAUGUUAACUUUAUCCCGUCCGUGAUCGCUGAGAAGAUCAACAAGGGUCCUGUUAUUGGAUCCCUUGAAGCUGAUCAAGACUCAGUCUCACAAGUUUUCUUCAAGAAAAUGAAGGAAAAUGAAUUUGUCGACAUGAAAAUGGACUCACCGAAGUCCCCAACUUCAAGAAACCUCAUGCCUCAGGUUGAUCCAGGCACGUUCAACUUUGAGGACAAGAGUGACCAGGCCCUGGAAGGAAUGAAUUGUCAUUCUCCAAGGAAGACCACCAUCGAUUUUGAAGCUGAUCGGAAACAAGAAGCCACUUGGGAGGAGGAGGAGGAGAACGGUGGAGGCCUUAAUCUUUGGAAAUGGAGCUUAACUGGGGUUGGCGCUAUUUGCUCCUUUGGUGUUGCUGCCGCCACCAUUUGUAUCAUCAUCUUCGGCAGUCAACACAAGACUAAACAACAACAAAAUCAGAAGCUUCGUUUCCAAAUUUAUACUGAUGACAAGAGGAUUAAGCAAGUCGUGCAGCAAGCAAGUAAAUUGAAUGAAGCAAUUUCAGCAGCUAGAGGGGUACCAAUCACCAGGGCUCACAUCACAUUUGGUGGUUACUAUGAUGCUCUCUAAAUUACACUGCAAGAUUAGCUUUUUCAGAAUUGGAAUCGGAAUCAGAAUGGGAAUGGGAAUCAGAUUCUAUGAUGUGUUUGCUUUGGUGUUGUUUUACAGGAUUCCUGUAGGGUCUGUCUUAUCUAUGAUAUUAUUUAUAAAUAAUAAACAUAAAAUAGUUAUUAUAUAUGUGUAAUAAGUUCUGAAUCCUAAUAGCUUGUAUUAAGAAAACUACUUUAUUAUUGUUAAUUAUGUUUUGCUUA